CCACCAUAACCACCACCCUUAAAACACCAGCCAGCCUCGAAAAACCCCUCUAACCUUCGCAAAUCACCGAAAACCUCCAUCCCGGCCUCGAUUAACCCCUCUAACCUUCGCAAAACGGCCGAAAACCUCCAUCCCAUCCCCGAUUAACCCCUCUAACCUUCACCACGAAACUUGCCGAAAACCACCACCACGAAACCCCAAAACACCAAAAUCGAAACCCUAGAUUUUGGUUUUAGGGUUUCGGCAUACGUGGUGGUUCAAUGGGGUGGAGAUGGCAUCGGGAUAAGGCGAAUUCGUUCGCCGACGCGGGGGAGGCGGGUUUCGACGUCGGCCGGUGUUUAGGGGACGGUUUUUCGAGUGCGGUAGUGGGUUUUUGAGGUGAUUCAAUGGGGUUUUCGAGGGAGGCACGACAGUUCAGGGGAAGAGGAGGAGCGCCGGCGGAGGUCCUGGUCGGAUUCCGCACCGGCGAGGGGGUUCGUUGGUGGUGGCUGACAGGGGGGUGUCGUUGGUGGUGGCUCGCUGGGGGAACGUUGGUGGUGGUAGGUUUUUUUUUCUUUUUUUUUAUUUUUUCAAUAAUUAAUUAAAUAAUUAUUUAAAAUUAAAUUAUUUAGAAGGGAACAAAUCACAAGCUGCCACAUGGCAUUAUUAACCUUAAUGACUAACGGUGUUAACCUCCGUUAGUCAUUAAUGGCAUGUUGUGACAUUUCCAUAAAACUGAAGGUUAUAUGGUGUAUUACAAAGUUUUUGGUGGUAUACGAUGAAUUAAGCUUAAAUUCAGUGGUAUUUGGUGAAAAAUCCGAAUUAUUUUUUACCCUUUGACUGUUUUGGACUAUAAACCCAAAAAGUCAAAAUCGUAGGGUUUUUGACAUUUUUAUCACCUUCAAUACAUCACUCUCUCUCCUACCUCUUCACUGCAGACAACAAUGGAGUCGCACAAAGAUGAACCCAAUACUAAAUUACUUGAAGAAAUCGACGCUUUAAAAGCUCAAAAAAGCGACAUUGAAGCUCGAAUUUCAUCCCUAGAAUCUCAGCUUCGAGAUUCUUCGAUUUCCGAACAAUCCCCAUGUAACCGUUCCUGCCCUUCAAUCUCCACCGUUGAUUCCAGCCGCAACCGCCAUGGAUUACCGUCCGAUGCUAUUUACCGUUAUAGUCGUCAUCUUUUGCUCCCCUCUUUCGGCGUUCAAGGGCAGUCAAAUCUGUUGAAGUCAUCGGUCCUAGUUGUGGGAGCUGGAGGCUUGGGAUCACCAGCUCUUUUGUAUCUUGCAGCUUGUGGAGUCGGUCGAAUUGGUAUUGUUGAUCAUGAUGUAGUGGAGCUUAAUAAUAUGCAUAGGCAGGUUAUCCAUACUGAGGCCUACAUCGGCAAGUCCAAAGUAGAAUCUGCUGCUGCUGCCUGUCGCUCGAUCAACUCCACAAUUGAGAUUGUUGAAUAUAGGGAAGCAUUACGAAUAUCAAAUGCUUUGGAGAUCUUUAGCAAGUAUGAUUUAAUAAUUGAUGCCACAGACAAUGUCCCAAGUCGCUACAUGAUCAAUGAUUGUUGUAUUGUGUUGAAAAAGCCUCUUGUAUCAGGUGCUGCUCUAGGAUUUGAAGGACAGCUUACCAUUUACAACUACAAAGGUGGCCCAUGUUAUAGAUGCCUAUUUCCAGCUCCACCACCCAUGACAGCAUGUCAAAGAUGUUCGGACAGUGGUGUCCUUGGAGUAGUUCCUGGAGUCAUUGGAACUUUACAAGCCCUAGAGGCUAUAAAAAUUGCUAGUGAUGUUGGUGAGCCACUUUCAGGACGGAUGCUUAUAUUUGAUGCAUUGUCUGGAAGGAUUCGUGUGGUCAAAAUACGGGGACAGUCACCACAAUGUGAAGCCUGUGGAGAAAAAUCUGCAUUUACUCCUGAACAUUUUAGAGAAUUUGACUACGAGAAGUUCACCCAUUCUUCCCUGUCAACAGCUCCUCCAAAGUUGAACCUCGUACCUGCAGAUUCAAGAAUUAGCUGCAAGGAGUACAAUGAGAAGGUUGUCAAUGGAGAAGCACAUAUUUUGGUCGAUGUUCGACCUGCUCAUCAUUUUGACAUAAUCUCACUUCCCAAUUCUCUUAAUCUCCCACUUUCAAGUUUGGAGUCCCGAUUACCAGAAAUCUCUGCCGCUUUGAAGGAAGAGGAAACACGUAAAGGUGUUUCCGGUGCUCAUCUGUAUACAGUUUGCAGAAGAGGCAAUGAUUCUCAGAGAGCUGUCCAAUUACUACACAGUAAUGGCUUCACCUCAGCCAAGGAUAUUGUCGGGGGACUGACAUCUUGGCAAAAUGAAGUUGAUCCUAAUUUCCCUGCCUACUAAUAACAAUUACACAAAAAUUAUAAAUCUUGCUUUUCGCUUUUUAGAUUAGAAAUUUUUUUGGCUUGGUUUUAAUCCUUGAAAAUUUAAUUUUCCCAUUGCCUCUCUCAAGUUCACAUUGUAUGACAGUGAAAAACUUUUAUAGCUAUGUUGAGCAACUACACUACUGUAACAAAUUACUUUCUUCUCUUUUUUUUAGGAAUACUGUAACAAAUUACUUCAUGUUUUCUGAUAAUUUUUAUAAGCCUAUACAGGCGAUACAGCAAUACUAUGAACAUUUGAAUCUUUA